AUGUUCUCCAAGGGUACAGUCUCAGCCCGUGACUCUUUUGUCUUUAUCCCCACAGAGGCUGCUCAAGCGAACCAUGCUGCUUCUCCAGACACCACCAGCCCGGAGAUAAUGCAAUGUCCAACGGUGACCAUCCUUCGAGGAAAGGACGGCUAUGGGUUCACCAUCUGCUCCGACUCACCCGUCCGAGUACAAGCUGUUGAUCCAGGUGGUCCUGCAGAUGUGGCUGGCCUCAGGCAGCUGGACACUGUGCUGCAGUUGAACGGUCAGCCUGUGGAGCAGUGGAAGUGCGCAGAUCUCGCUCACGCCAUCAGAAGCAGUGCCCGUGAGAUCACGCUGGUGGUGUGGCGCUCAGGACCCUCUGUGAAGUCCAGCUACGAGGGUCUGAUCCAUCACUCCUACAAGAGCUCCAACUACGACUGUCCCGUGUCUCCUCCCAGAACGAAGCGUGCAGAGAAAACGCCGCCUGUACCCCCGCUGCCCGCGCACCUCCGUCACCGAAUACUGCUCAAUGGCUCAGAGGGGGCGAGGGGUGGCGGCAUCGGGGCCGCCGGGGUGCCGUGGGGUGACAGGAGAGAGGAGGGAAAAGCCAGCGGCAGGACGCACACUCCAACUCUCAGAGGGACGCGAGUCAAAGCGUCCAACGGGGACAAUUACAUCAUCCUCUCUCCCAUCAACCCAGGAGGCCAGAUCCUGACACAAGUAUACGGAGACAAUCCUGGCACUCUGGCCGGAUGGAUGUACCCACCAGGAAAUGUGAACCCACCCCAGCCUCAUGCCGCGCCCAGCCUGGCAGGUAGAACCAACUUCCUGCGCCGUUCAGGCAACAGAUCCAAAUCAACUCCCACAAGCUACCAGCCCAGCUCCAACUUUGCCAACUACCAGAACUGCACCAUCGUCAGAUCUCACGUGCAGACUCACGCCAACUACGGGGCUUACGUCAAAGUGGCGCCCAAAGUUCUCAUCUUCCCCAUCUUUGUGCAGCCGCUGGACCUGUGUAGCCCGACCAGAACACUCCUGAUCACCGAGGAGAUGAUCCUGCAUGAGAGCAAACAUCUCUCCAUCAAGGUGACUAUAUUCAUCUACACAGAUCUGAUGUUAGUAACGAGGGAAGAUGAACCAGGUCGCUGUAACGUCUUGCAAAAUCCUCUCUUCUUAAAACAGCUCCGGCUAAAAGAGGAUCACAGUGACGAGCUUCGCUUCUACCUCAUCCACAUGACAGAGAAGUGUGACUGUCUCCUGAGUUUGGAGGCGUACUCAUUGGAACAGAAGACGAGAGUGUGUCAAUGCCUGAGUGAUAACAUUGAAAAACAGCUGCAGCUGGAGUGCAGAGAGACGAUCAGCCCCACAGAGCAGAUGCUGGAGCCUAAACUGGAUGAACAGUGUGAUCUGGGUGCUCAGUGGCGCCCCUCGGAGGACGAUCACUCCCUCGGCAGCCCCUCUGACACCCCAGGGACCACAGGCACCACACCACUAGACGAGACUCGGCACCUUGUACCUCCUACGCCGCCCCCAUCAUCCGAGGGCAGCCUGAGUGACAUCUGGAGGGUGGACAGAGGAGAGGAAGAAGAGGAGGAGAAAAAGACCCCUACAGAAGAAGAACAGGAAGGAGAAGAAGAAGUCUCACACAGCGUUGAAGCAGAUGAAGUCGAGGAGAAGAAUGAGAAAGACGAGGAUUACUACACCAACCCUCCAGCAUCCUCAUCUUCCUCAUCCUUUAUCAUCCCCGAGUUACGUCUGGACCGCUCUUUCAGUGCCGACGCUCUGUCCUCAACUGGUACUGAUGAAGAUGAUGAGGAUGAGGAUGAAGAUGAGGACGAGGAUGAAGAUGAGGAAGACAGUGAUGAUAACUACUUGGAGCCCACUAAAAGGAGGAGCAUGGUGGAGGCGGGUUCGUAUGAGAAGCACAGCGGCUCUGGAGGUCUGAGUGUACAGAACUCGCUGCGCAGACGUACACACAGUGAGGGAAGCCUCCUUCAGGACCCGCGGACAACCUGCUUCACCUCCGAUAAUGCCAUCAACCGUCUGGAGGUGACCACAGCUAGUAAGGGGGGCUGGACACUGCCUUCACCCAAAACCCUGAAGAAGGAGCUGACCAAGAACGGAGGCUCCAUGCACCAACUCUGCAUGCUGUUCUCUGGCAGGAAGCUGAGUGCUGGAUCUGAUUGCAGCGGUGACGUCAGCCCUGACGGAACCAAGAAGAAGAAGUCCAAGAACCUGGCCAAAGACAUGAAGAACCGAUUGGCGUUCCUGAGGAGAAGGAAUGAAUCUCCUGGAAGCUCUCCGGCUGGCAAGCUGGAUAAAACUAUGAAGUCAGUCAAGCCCACGCCAGAAGAGGCGCUCAAGUGGGGAGAAUCCCUCGACAAGCUGCUCGUCCAUAAAUAUGGGCUGGCGGCGUUCAGAGCGUUCCUGCGCACUGAGUUCAGCGAGGAGAAUCUGGAAUUCUGGCUCGCUUGUGAGGAUUACAAGAAGGUCAAGUCGCAGUCCAAGAUGGCCUCAAAGGCGAAGAAGAUCUUCGCAGAGUACAUCGCUAUCCAGUCUUGUAAAGAGGUGAACCUUGAUUCAUACACGCGAGAGCACACCAAGGAGAACCUCCAGAACGUCACACGCUCCUGUUUCGACCUGGCCCAGCGGCGGAUAUACGGCUUGAUGGAGAAGGACUCGUAUCCGCGGUUCCUGCGCUCAGAACUCUACCUGGACUUAGUGAACCAAAAGAAAGCCAACGCGACGUCUACGGCAUCCUCGUCGUAAGAGGAACCUCAGCGCAGAGACGCUUGAUAUACACACACAGAAAAAAAUCUAACUAGCAUCGUGGACACUUCUUCUCAUCCGCCAUCCUCGCCAUCCUGUCCUAUGAUCAGGAGAGAUAAAAGAAGGGUGAUGAACAGGACAGAAAGACGCCAGAAAGGAAGUCGGUUUUCCGAUCUGAUCUGAUCUGAUCCGAUCCAGAGGCUGAGCAAAGAGACGUGUGGAGUUUCUGUAUCACGAGCUACAUCGUCUUUAUUUUUUUCACUUUGACAUUUUUUUUUUUAAUUUAUGGUUUUGGAAAGAAGUCAGGGUGGGGGACAGGGACUGAUUUACUCUUCGAUGCAAAGACAGUCGGGUACUGUUUUGUCGCUUGUUAUUUAUCGUUUCUGCGCUCCGUGCUCGCGGUACGACGCAGACGCCAGUUUUUCGCUCUCAUCCUCAAACCGUCAUGACCGGAUCAAUACAAAGUGCACGCAGUCCCUUCCUUCCUUCCCUCCGUGGUGUAGCGAGGCGUCUCCUUUCAUGUCCCCCCAUCCUGAGAGACGUUUCGAGAGGCGGAAUGGACCAAACCAAACCAUGCUUGCUUCUGCACAUGGGACGCAAUCAAACAUCCAUCUGCAGGCCUGCGAAGGUCAAAAGCGUGACAGUUUCUGUACAGAAAUUCAUUGUAGCUCCAUGUCAGGAUGAGACGAGAGGAUUCUCAGGACUGCACGGCACUCGACUAUGAAGCUUUCAGGCUCGUUUGACCUUUAUUUCACAUCCUGUUAGUUUUGUAUAUAUUAUUAUUAUUAUUAUUAUUAUUAUUAUUGUUAUUUUUUAAUAUUAGGUUUAAACCUGCACUCAGUAGAUUUAUUUUGUUGUUAAUAAGAAAGAUAAUGCUUUACCUGUACAGAAAAGAAAGUUUGUAUAUUUAUUUAGAUCCUUGCUGGAUGUCUUGUUCAGUUCAUUGCACUCAGCUUAACAAAAAAAAAAAAAGUCCCCUUUCCCCUCCCCGACACACCUUACCUUUACCCUCUUCCCUUUACCCAUGAUCCUCAGCUGUCCUUAUGUCAGUGCAAUAUGUUUUUGUUUGUUUGUUUGUUUGCUUAUCUGUUGGAUAAGUUUCACUUUUUUUUUUUGACGAUGGAUUUUUAUUUGUCAGGAAAAAUUCGACCCGCUCGAAGACUGAGCUGCAGUUUUAGUUCAUAUUAAGCGAGUUAUUCUAACUGUGUACUCCCUGGCAGCAGGCCGCCGGGGGUUUAUGGAUGUAAAUAUAAUUCUUAAGAAAAGAAUAAAACGAUGAAAAAGACAAAAACACAAGGUCUGGUGGGAAAUCCCACGCCACACAGCUGUAUGUAUGUAAAUGUAAAUACUCAGAGCCUCGAAGCUAUAAAAAUGACGACAUGUAACAUUAUCAGGGAAAGCCGUUGGGUGAAAUCCACCUUUCCUUCGGUCAUACACUGCUUGUAAGGGGUUUAUGAAAUGUAUUUGAUCUAUUUCACUGUUUACAAUUCAAUCGCAUCUCCUAAAAUAGCAAGCAAAAAAAAUGAAAAUAGAGAGAAUACGUUUGGUGUCAUUGUAAAAAAAAAAAUGAGAGAGAGAAGAUAUAAUAAAAGAGUUGAACAAUAAAA